AGAAGAACAAUUAAUUAGAUUUUUUUUGUGUUAUCCAAAAUAAAAUUAUUGCAUUCGCGCAGGAAAACAGUCCAAAUUCCAAGAGAAAGACUCAAACUGAGUUGUGACCAAUGAGCCACUGGAGAGUUUUCCAGCAAAAACAGACUGUUUAAGUUCAUGUCGCAGAAAUAAGAUUUAAAUUCAGACUUGGUCACUCCAAGACUCUCAUUUUGUUUUGUGGAUGCUUAUACAUGGAUACGAUGGUGUUCUUUCAUUGUUCUGCUGCAUCACUGCAUAAGUGACUUGAGAUUUUGGUCACAAACUGAAGGUCAAAUAUUCUGCAUUUUCAAAUGAAGAGCAGAAAUCAAGGUUCCAUCAAUUACAGUGAGUCAUCCUGCUGCAGAAACUAUCCCACAACCAUCACCAUUUUGUUUUUACCAAUGUUAGAAAGCCAAAAAUAACCUUAAAAUAAACAAAGAAACCCUCACUGUGUUUCUUUUUCUCAAAACAAACCUCACACUGAUGCACAGGACUAUUUAUAGAGCUAUGUUGUCAGAUGAAACCAUCUUGAGACUCACAUUUGCUAAUUAAGGAUUUAUUAACCAAACCAACUGCAUAAAAUCUCUCAUUAAGUAGUUAAAGAAAAAAAAAAUAUCCAAACUUUUACAAAGAUGCAUUUGAACAAUCAGAGACACACUUGCCUUUUUUUUUAAAUGUUACUUUGAGCGGGAGGUCAAAGGUUGUUGUUUACCUUCCUGCACACAUAAUUGGAGUUUCUUAGCUUGAACAAUCAGCGAUAGGCUGACUGUCUUAUGGACGACAUGAACAGUGCUGCAACAGAUGGGGUCAAAUGGGAGCCAUUGAGACAAACGUUAUCUGAAAGCCUGCACACUGUAUGCUCAGGAGGGGAGAAGCAAUGACGAACAUAAUGCUUGUGUGUUCAUGCGUCUGUGUUUGUGUGCAGAUAGAAGAAGGUAAUACAUGAGUGGGGGUUGAUGAGUCUGAAGCGGUGCAGUAUAAAUAUCUGAGACCAAAAGGGAGAAAGUGCAUCGGUUCAUCUGGGGCACCAAGGAGGAGGUGUGGAGGCUUAGAAAGAAAAUAAUAGAAUUAGAGAAGGGAACAUGAAGGCAUCGCGACGGUGACUGCAACGAGAGCAAACGGAAGAGAAGAACUGACUCACAACACUGUAAGGUCUGAGGAGAUUUAAUCAGGAGUGCUGAAAAAUUGACCCAGGUUUGUACCUUUGAUUGGAUCUUUGUGCUUUCAGUGUUUGUUUGUUUUUUCUUCUCGUUAACCUUUGCAAAGCUUUUCCCCAGAAAUGGCCAACGCAAGGGAAGUACUUUUGGCUUCACUGUUGCUCCUGGGAGUUAGUCUGCCGUGCUUCUCGGUGUAUAACAGUGGUGAAUGCUUCUUCAACACUAAAGCAAGCUGUGAAUACACGGGUCAGGUGUACGGCAUUGGGGAGAGCUGGAUAACCAGUGAUUGCUACCAGUGUGUCUGCAUGGAGCCUUUUGGAGUGGGAUGUUGUGACCUUGCGACCAAGCCCAUUGACUACCCAGAAUGGUGCGAAGUCAUUCGUAAACCGGAUUCUUGCACCAGCGUUGCUGUGAUGAGAGUCAAUCACAAAUUACCUUGUCUCUGGGGACAAGGACGUCUCAGAACAGCCGGGCAGCCAUGGAAAUCUGACAACGAUCCUUUAUUUUAAUUUAAGCCAUUCUGCCAAAAGAAAAAAAUAUGUGAAGCUUGUUGAGAGAUAACAAAGGAAAAAAAACACAAUUGUGAUUCUCCUUUUUAACAUUGUGACCAAUUUUUAUUUUGUGCAUCUGCUGACUAUGAAAGAGUUUAUUACUUUGUUUAAAGUAGUAUUUAAAAUAUGAGCUAUUAAUAAAUUAAAUGCUUAUACAUA